AUGGCUCAACAGGGAGUUCUGCUGGACCAGGACCAGUUCUGUUGUUCUGUCUGUCUGGAUCUACUGAAGGAACCAGUCACCAUCCCCUGUGGACACAGUUACUGUAGAAUCUGUAUUGAGGGCUGCUGGGAUCAGGAUGUUCUGAAAGGGGUCUAUAGCUGUCCUCAGUGCAGACAGACCUUCAGUCCGAGGCCUACGCUGAGUAAAAAUAACAUGUUGGCUGAGCUGGUGGAGAAACUGAAGAAGACAGGACUCCAGGCUGCUCCCCCUCCUGCUCUGUGCUAUGCUGGACCUAGAGAUGUGGCGUGUGAUGUCUGCACUGGGACCAGAAAGCAGAAAGCCCUCAUGUCCUGUCUGGUGUGUCUGGCCUCUUACUGUGAGACUCACCUCCAAUCUCACUACGAAUCUCCUGCUUUGAAGAGGCACAAGCUGGUCAAAGCCACCGCACAACUACAGGAGAAGAUCUGCUCUCAUCAUGACAAACUGCUGGAGGUUUACUGUCGUACCGAUCAGCAGUGUAUCUGUUAUCUGUGUACAAUGGAUGAACAUAAAGGCCAUGAUACAGUGUCAGCUGCAGCAGAGAGGACUGAGAAA